AUGGCUGCCCUCUCGGCGCGCUUGGCGGCUGCGGUACGAAAGAUACACCCUGUAGACUGGAACAACCCCACCCACGCACUGGCCAAGCGCGAGCCCCGGCGCGGCGAGCGCGCCGUGCUGCGGGCGGUGGUGGCGACGCCGCAGGGCCCAUUGGUCGUGUACAACGCCCACCUGGAAGUGUUCUGCGGCCUGCUGGCCCGCAUAGCGCAGCUGAGCGACAUCUGGGCCGACGCUCGCCGCAUGGCUGACCGAGGCCUGCAGCACCAGGCCAUCCUAGGCGACCUCAACACCAUGGCGCACGGCAUCGCCCGCCUCUCCCGCCACUACUGCUGCGACCCUAUGCGCUACAGGAGCAUUGGGCUGGAUGAGGCCAUGGUGUGGUACCGCCAUGUGCUGCCAGUUACCGACCCACGCUACACAGCAGGCAGCAGUGAUGCCUCCAGCGCAUCCGUUGGGCCCGGAGCAGCCGCAGAGGCCGUGGCAGCAGCAGCGGCAGGCGCAGACGCAGCAGGAGCAGCGGCAGGAACAGGAUCAGGAGGAGAAACAGCUAUGCUGGAGGCAGCGGGCGUGGCGGGCAUACCCAUCAACCGGCAGCUGCUGGCCUGGGGGCUGGGCGAGGCGGUGGCGAGAGACGCGGUCAACCCCGGUUUUGCAGAUCCAUUUGACCCUUGCACAACCGUGACGCUCGACAAUCCUCAGUACCGGUGGUUUGGGCUGAGCCUGAUGAAGGGCAAGCUGGACUGGGUGCUGCUGCGGCGGCUGCGGGUGGCAGCGCAGGCGGUGGGCAACCACGGCUACGAGCUGUCGGAUCACAAGUGGCUGUCGGCUGACGUGGCGCUGGACUGA